AGACACACACACAGAGAGCCUUCCCACUUCCCUCGCACCCUUCAACCACCCACCUGUCUCGUCCACUCCUUACUAUAUCAGAGUCAGACGAUUCAAACCCAGCCAGCCCUGCUCUCUUAAUUCUCCCUCUCUCUCUUCAAUGGCGUCCGUUCAGAGCCAGCUCUCUGCGAUUGCUUCGAUUCACUCCUGUUGUUCGUCGUCGUCUUCAUCGUCCUCGUCCUUCUCUUCAACCACCACCACCACCACCACCACUUCACUGGUCCCCGUCGGAAAGUGGCCGCAGUAUGGACGGAGAAUCUCUGGGGACCGGAGACUUCGACUCCGGCGAUCCCUGUGCCGAUCAAUGGUUCAGCAGGCCGUUCCCGGAGCUCCUGCCGCGUAUGCUAAGGAAAUGGAGAGGCUUUCAGCAAAAGAAUCUCUGCUUCUUGCCUUUAAGGAUGCUGGGGGUUUUGAGGCUUUGGUCACUGGAAAGACAACAGACAUGGAGCGGAUUGAUGUGAAUGAGAGGAUAACUAGUUUGGAGCGGGUCAAUCCAACACCACGUCCUACAACGUCGCCUUUUUUGGAAGGUCGAUGGAAUUUCGAGUGGUUUGGAUCAGCAAGCCCAGGUCUAUUUGCCGCUAGAUUUAUAUUUCAGAGGUUUCCUUCAACUUUGGCUAGUUUGUCAAAAAUGGAGGUGGUCAUCAAGGAUGGGAAUGCAGAGAUUACAGCAAACUUUAAACUGUUGAACUCGAUAGAAAGCAAAUUUACUCUGUCAACCAGGUUAUCUGUGGAGGGACCAGUUCGAAUGAAAGAGGAAUAUGUUGAGGGAAUUCUUGAGACACCAACAGUUAUUGAAGAGACAAUACCAGAACAGCUAAAAGGUGCAUUUGGUCAGGCAGUGAGCACAGCGCAACAACUUCCUUUUCCUAUUAGGGAUGCCUUUUCCAGUGGGCUGAAAGUUCCUUUAACUGGAGCUUUUGCGAGACUCUUCAUGAUUUCAUAUCUAGAUACAGAGAUACUUAUAAUAAGGGAUGCAGCUGGAGUUCCUGAAGUACUGACAAGGUUGGAUACAGCUUCAUCUCCCCUGGAAGAAACCGUCACAGAGUAUGAGAGCUAAAGGUUCUUCUAUGUAUGAAAACUCAAAUUUUUUUCUAUUUUUUUAGAUAUUAAUUAAAAUAAUAGUUACACUUCACCUCUCUCUCUCUCUCUCUCUCUCUCUCUCUCUCUCUCUCUUAAUGAGAUGUUGCUUUUUUUUUUUUUUUUUUUCUUGUUGUCUUCCAAAAUUUUCCAAAUAAUCACCAUAAAAAUAGGUGACAUGUUUUAUUUCUGUUAAAUUCAAGUCAACGGACCAAAAUUGAGUGUGGUUGUUCC